UAUCCGCGAGUCAAGGUUCGGAUUUAUAUAAAAAUUUUGCUAUAAUUUUUUUUUCAGUUUCAUUAGAAAGCUAAUAUAUAAUAUUUGAAUCAAACUGUAAUGGCCCAAGGGGGAGGGGAUCCCAUCGAUCCUAAUAUGGUGGUGCUUGUCGAAAACCUGACUUUUGUAAACAAUGUAAACGUGAUUGAAGUAGAUCAAUUCAUACAAGGAGAAGCAGUGCAAAUUCAACGAAGUACAAGUAUAAUCGCUAACAACAUAGAUCAGGUUGUUAUUACUCCUCAAAAUGACGAUCCGCUACCAAAUCCGGUAGAUGGCGCUCAAGAUGCCGCACAAAUGCAAGCAGACAGCGCAAUGCCUGACGACUUAACAGAUCCAUUAGAAGCCACGAAGAAAUUAAUCGACAAACUAAAUCCUGUUGAAAGUUCAGAAAUCAAUCAACAGCUUUUUCUAACCGAAUGUCAUUUCCGUGGCAACGAUUACGAAAAGGCAAUGGGAAGUCUGACAUCAAUGCAAAAACUUUUAACGUCAUCGGGACAUAUUGAAACUGAUAACGUCAUCAAAAAAUCCGAGAGUUUCAUUGAUGAAGAAAAUAAUUACGUAGUGGCGUUAAUUCUAAUUUCUUGCGCUUCGAAAAUGUACAAAGCUUAUCCCGACCCAAACGAGGCGAUUAUUAAGAUAAAACAAUGCUUAAAGAACUUUUGCUUCGCAAUGCGGGAUUUGGCAAACAGUGAUCCGAUUAUAUUAUUGCGAGAUUUGGGUCUACGAAUGCUUCAAGACAUUUUUGAUGACCUACAGAGUAUUUCUGGUGUUGACCUCAACAAAAAGGCGGAAAUAGUAGCUUCCUGUCUCGGCAUUAUGGGAUUCUUCUAUUUCCACACGGUUAAAAGACCAUUACAGUCAAUAGAGCUCUUCGAACGGGGAAUAAGCAUCAUGAAACAGCAAUUUGGUCAAACGGCUUCGAAGUUUAAACUAGUCGGAUAUCUACAACAUAAUAUUGCAACUACAUACGACCGAGAAGGCAACAAGAAAAAAGCUAAAGAAUAUCGUUCGUCUGCCAUCACAUCCAAGAAGACUGCGCAGGAUUGGGACAACGAAUCCCAAAAGAAAAAAAGCUUAAACAAAACAAAAAAUUAUCCGUGGAAGUAAAAAAAUUGAAAUUUGAAAACUGAACAAGUUGAAUGUAACCGAAAUGUAACCGGAAAGUUAGGCCGGACUAACGGCGACUUAUCUAUGUCAGCAAAAUAUUCUGGGUUAGAAAUCUCAUCCAAAAUUCGUCGUUGGGUUUGAUACAUUGAGUAUAGUGCAUUUAAAAUAAAAACAAUUGCUAUCAAUUUAUUUUCCAUUCUUUGAAUAUGAAAGCAUUAACAGGCUGAUUAUUUCUUUUGCAAUCUGCUAGUAA